CAGUCAGUCAGGCUGCAGCUCUCGGCUUAUAUACUACAACUACAGAGCGGCAAGAGAGUUGAAAAUGAGUGACCAGGGAAGUGUAAACGACACAGACAUUGAAGCUGAUUUGGAUGAGAUGGCAUCAGAUACUGCUCGUGUACGCGACGAGUCAGUUGAUGAGAUGCACACAGCGGCCAAUUCAUCUGGGGCACAUGUUCCCAUUGUAACACGCCAGCCUUCCCAUAUCAGAGAAAUGCUGGAGGACCUGCCAUUGGGCUAUCGAGACUCGUCACUUGUGCAGGGAGAAGAGGUAGCUGUGGAGAUAUGGCCGCCCAGUGUCACAGAGCACUCAGGACUGGAGCAGCUUCUCUCACCCUGUGACACCAGCAGACCAUCACAUGUGUAUUUCAAUGACUGUGAUAAUGACAUUUCAUAUAAUGAUGGUGACAAUCACAGUGAUACUGAUAAUUGUGACUGUACUGAUAUUGACAUCAAUGAAAGCAAUAUUUGUUUAUUUCAUUUCCACGAUUUUUAUAUUGGUAACUAUAACAGAAAUAACGAAACAUUAUCAGUUAUUGACAUAGGGAAUUAUUCAUUUUUUAGUUAUAACAUUCAUGACCAAAACUUUUGGUUUGUUAGGUAUAGUGGCUCAAACAGUAUCCCAUCGUUGCUACCAACAGUUCAUGAUAUUGUAUUUAAUAUAUUUUAUAUGUGUAGAGACACUGAUAAUAGCGAUUAUACUAAUACUGUCGUCAAUGAAAAUGUUUGUUUACUUCAUUUCCGUGAUUUUUAUAUUGGUAGCUAUAACAGAAAUAAUGAAAUAUUAUCAAUUCUUGACAUAGGCAACUAUUCAUUUUUUAGUUAUAACUUUCGUAACCGAAAUUUUCAUUUUGUUAGGUAUAAUGGCUCAAACAGUAUUUUGCCAUUGUUAUCAAUAAUACGUGAUAUUGUAUUUAGUAUAUUUUAUAUAUAUCACGACAAUACUAAUAUUGGCACCAAUGGAAACAAUAUUUGUUUACUAAAUUUUCAAGAUUUUCGUAUCGGUAACUAUAACAGUAAUAAUGAAACAUUAUCAGUUUUUGACAUAGGCAACUAUUCAUUUUUUAGUUAUAACUUUCGUAACCGAAAUUUUCAUUUUGUUAGGUAUAAUGGCUCAAACAGUAUUUUGCCAUUGUUAUCAAUAAUACGUGAUAUUGUAUUUAGUAUAUUUUAUAUAUAUCACGAUAAUACUAAUAUUGCCACCAAUGGAAACAAUAUUUGUUUACUAAAUUUUCAAGAUUUUCGUAUCGGUAACUAUAACAGUAAUAAUGAAACAUUAUCAUUCCUUGACACAGGCAAUUAUUCAUUUUUUAGUUAUAAUAUUCAUAAUCGAAAUUUUGGUUUCAUUAGGUUUAAUGGGUCAUACAGUAUAUCUUCAUUGUUGUCAACAGAAUUCGAUAUUGUAUUUAAUAGAUUUGGUAUGUAUAUUACUUACAUAUGUUACAAUGAAAUCAAUAUUAUGUUAGUGUUACAGUUAGUAUUGCUAUUGUAUAUUUUAUAUAUAAUCCAUAUGCACUAUUAAACUGAAAAUAAAGCGAUUUUUUGUUAUAAUGUUCGUAA